AUGGAUCCUCGAAAACCUAGGCAGGAUCCAGUAAAUGAUGCUCGCUUCUACGAAUCGCUAAUCAAACCACCACAUUUAAGAACACCCGAUGACAUCCGUAAUGUAUAUGAGCAACUACGACAGCUUGACACUUUCAGCAAUUUGUUUAUCGGUCCACUGAAAGCGCUUUGCAAAACAGCUCGCUAUGAAAGACACCCCGCACAGUAUAUUCUCUUUCGAGAUGGUGACGUGGCAAGAAGUUGGUACAUUUUGCUCUCUGGAUCAGUCUUCAUUGAAAACCAGAUUUACAUGCCCUACGGAUGUUUUGGCAAACGAAACGGACAAAACCAUCGACGGACUCACAAUUGCCUGCUGUUACAGGAAUCUGAAAUGAUUGUGAUCGAUUAUCCGACGGAAUCUCAAUCAAAUCGAAUGUCCCCACGAACACAUCCACGUGUGAUUUCUACUGGAGAGCCAGUUCAUCAGCAAACCCCCAGAAAAUCGGCUCCGAACAUGUCACUGGAUUCAAUUGCAAUGCCACCACCUCCAGUACCUCCUCGCCCUCUUCGACUUCCCCCGACAGCUGCAAAAGGUCCCGCUCCUCUGCCUCCACGUGGACUUCCAAGAACAUAUCCAUUGGAUUUCCCAGUCGAUAUUCCUACAACAUCCUCUUCUUCUUCUACUGCAUCAUAUAAUGAUCAGCAUAGAAGUCAGGUUUAUCUCAAUGGACUAUCUGCUGAUGAUGAUACACUCGUCCGAGUGAAACAUCGAAGAGAAAAGAGUAACUCAGUUGGAGGACCUGGUCAGAAUGGUAUAUCUGCUGCUAGAAGACUGCGAGGUCGCAGCACAGCGUCCUCAACAACGACGGAAGGGGAAACAGCAUCAAACGAAGGUGCGGAUUCAGAUGAAGAAGAGGGAAGCAUGCCAUCACAAGAAUCCAGUAACGGUGGAUUCAUAGAUCUGCGCGAUUCCGUGAGGGAGUGUCUUGAAAAAGAACCUUCCGAACGAAACUCCGAAGAUCUUGCGGUCCUCCUUGAUUUUAUGCAACACAUGUCUGCAUUCGCAGCACUCCCAAUGUCUAUCAAACGGCAAUUAUGUCUAAAAAUGGUUUUCGCGGUAGUCAACGAUGCUGGAACACCAGUACUCAAACACAAUGAACCGUUAGAUUCGUGGUCAGUGAUAGUGAAUGGAUGCGUAGAAGUGGUGAGACCGAAUGGAGAAAGAGUGGAAUACAAGUUAGGAGAUUCUUUUGGUGCGGAGCCAACAACAGCUACACAGCAUCAUGUUGGAGAAAUGCGUACUCUCGUAGAUGACUGUGAAUUCGUUUUGGUUGAACAUCGGGAUUUCUGCGCUAUCAUGUCGACGAUCGGAGAGCACAUUGAAAAGGAUCGUGAUGGAAUAACUGGAGAAGUUUUACAAGAAAUAGAGAAACGAACAAUUGGAUCACAGAGUGGACAAGUGCUGAUUAAAGGAAAGCCAGACAAACUGAUACAACAUUUGGUAGAUGACCGUGAACACAAUGUUGAUCCUCAUUAUGUCGACGAUUUCUUAUUGACUUAUCGAGUUUUCAUCCGGGAUCCAACAACGAUUUUUGAGAAGCUGAUGCUGUGGUUUGCGGAAUCCGUGUACAGAGACAAAGUGGCACGUCUUGUUUUGCUAUGGGUCAACAAUCACUUCAAUGAUUUCGAGACGAAUGACGAGAUGUGGAACUUAUUAGAAAGAUUUGAAGGUGCACUAGAAAGAGACGGAAUGCAUUCUCAACUUUCUUUACUGAACAUUGCAUGUUCUGUAAAAGCAAAACCUCGACAAGUAGUAUUGACUAGGAAGAAAGAUGAUCGAAUGAUGAUGAGAUUAGUUGGAGGUCAAGAAACGGGUAACUCUGUAUUUGUUGCUGAAGUAUAUCCGGAGACGAGUGCUGCAAGAGAAGGUGUUAAACGAGCGGAUGAGAUGCUUGAAAUCAAUCAACAGUCUGCCAAGUAUUUGUCUGGAAAGAAGGCCGAAGAUCUUCUGACUGGGUCAUUGUCCCUGACGCUGAUGCUUAAAAACAAUGUACUUGGGUACAAAGAGACUAUUGGAAAGAUUGAGCACAACAAACCGAAGAAUGGAACUGCACGAUCUGCAGCUGGAAUACCUAUGGUCAUUCCUGUUCACAAGACUUCGAUUUCCGGAAAGAAGUCGUCAACAAGCAGUAGUAAAUCUGGAAUGAUGGAAAAAUUGAUGACGAUUCUCAAAUCGUCGAAAGAAGAUUCUAUGGAUUUCACAGAUGAAGCACGGAUAUCCUCAACUGAUCUUCGGCCGAGUCGUUCAAAUCCAGACAUCACCAGCAUUUCUCAGUAUUACGGACCAGUUCGAAGUGAAUGUCCUGAGCAUGUACUGAAGAUCUAUCGAAACGAUCAGACAUUCAAAUAUCUACCCGUUUAUAAAGAGACGUCUGCUCAGAAUGUUGUGCAACUAGCACUCCAAGAAUUCAAUAUGACAGCUGAAGGAAGUCCGGAAUGGUCGUUAUGCGAGUGUACUGUAACUAUCGAUGGAGUUAUCAAGCAGAGACGAUUACCACCACAAAUGGAGAAUUUAGCAGAGAGAAUAGCUUUAAAUUCAAGAUAUUACCUGAAGAGUAAUAGCCGAUCUGAACCUCUGGUACCCGACGAGCUUGCUCCAGAAUUGCUGAAAGAAGCCCAAACACAACUCUUGAAUUUAAAUGCUCAAGUGAUUGCUGCUCAAUUGACGCUUCAAGAUUUCUCCGUUUUCUCCGCCAUCGAACCGACUGAAUUUAUAGACAACUUGUUCAAACUGGAUUCAAAAUAUGGCUCUCCAAAGCUUGAAGAGUUUGAGCAACUUUUCAAUCGGGAGAUGUGGUGGGUGGCGACAGAAAUAUGUUCCGAACGUCAUGUGCAGAAGCGUGCGAAGCUGAUCAAAAAGUUCAUAAAGGUGGCGAGAUACUGUCGAGAUUUGAGAAAUUUCAACUCAAUGUUUGCUAUAAUGAGUGGUCUUGAUAAGCCGGCUGUUCGACGGUUACACUCUAGUUGGGAACGCGUUUCCAGCAAAUACACUCGUAUGCUAGAAGAAAUUCAUCAACUAGUAGAUCCAUCUCGCAACAUGUCAAAAUAUCGACAACAUCUUGCUGAAGUUGCUCAAGAGCCUCCGGUGGUUCCAAUCUAUCCUGUGAUCAAAAAAGACCUCACAUUUGCUCAUGAUGGAAAUCCUACGUAUUCUGAGAAACUUGUCAAUUUCGAGAAACUUCGACUGAUAGCCAAGUCAAUUCGAGGAGUCAUGAAACUUAGUAGUGCCCCUUAUGAGAUUGCGAGUAUGGCAGAAAGAAGUGGUGGUAUUGUGAUUGACGCUCUCCUUCACAUGAAUUCGUUCGAGAAUUCCAAUGUUGCAACAAUGAGAAAAGGGAUAAGUGGGAAACAAAAUCAACCGAGAAAGAAGGUUUAUGAGCAAGCUCUAAUGGUACGCAAGGUGAAAUCCUAUUUGGAAGGAUUACAUGUAGUGGAUAACGAAAUGGAGUUGGAUGCAAUGAGCUAUGACAUUGAACCACAAGUUCAGACUGCUCACCGUGGCAUGGGAUCAUCAUCUACUGCCAACAUUCGUCGUGUUCCAUCGCCAACGCCAUCUUCUCUUUCCUCUCAAUCCACAGGUUCAGCUGAUCAGUCUUCUCGGCAACGUCUCCUUUUCAAUGGAAAUGGAUCGAUUUCAUCGGCAGGUGGAGGAGCCAAGUUUGGCCUUCUCCACCUUCUCCCCCUAUCUGUCAUUGUCUGUUUCACCUUUUCAGGUGCUCCACCUCCUGUCACCUCUCCUUCCACGUCAGCACGAUCCUCUCUACAGCGGAAUAUGCCUCGUGUUACUGGUCGACAAGCCACUUCAUCAACGCCGGCCCAGGGUCCCGUCCAGUUGAAUGAAGAAACGUCUACAGUAACCACAUACUAUCAGUCAGACAACGGGCGUCGGCAACGAUCUGGAUCCGAGGGACGGUUUGAUAAUAUCCCAUCGUCAACCUUCUAUCUAACUCCCGGUGGGGUCACUGUUUCUCCAAGACAAUCAUUGUCUGUUGUUAUACCGACACAUCCUCAUGGACACUCUACAACAUCACCGCGCCGUCGUUCGCGGUCACCGGCCUCUUCUGGCGGCUCUUCCCUCUCCACCAUUGCCUCAAUCGCCGCUACCUCCAUGGCAGCCGCACCUUCGGCCUUCGUCUCCGGACCUUACCACCACCACCAGACAGUCCGUGGACACGUGAUUGGCCAUCGUCCGAUGCCCAUCGUCACCAGCGGAUCUGCUACACUACCAAGCCACGUGUCACCACGAGGUCUUCCACCCAAAUCUCGACCAACGAUUCUUCCCGGAUCAUCACACGCCACUUCUUCCUCGUCUCGAAUGGGAACUAUUAAAGAAGCCACAUUCCUGACAUCGGAGCAAGUAUCGCGAGUGUAA